AUGACUAAUCCCAUUGUUGGUUUUGAUCAAUUGCCAUCGGAAAUAAUUUUGUACAUAAUGGACUUGUUAAAUCCUCUGGAUGUUAUUCAAUCAUUUUUUGGUGUUAAUAAACGUUUUCAUAAACUAAUUCAGCAUUACACAUACUCAUUAGAUCUUCGAGAACGAGAUGAUGAUCAAUUUACAACACAAUUAUUCAAAAGUUUUAAAUUUAAAAUUGAACAAUUUUGA